AUGACGAGGCGGCUGGCCCGUGGCCCUGACGACAGCGUCUUCCCGCCCGAGAUCAUCGAGAUGAUUGCGCUAAUGAUUCCGUGCCCCGCUUCGUUUCGUCGCUUUCCCUGCAUUGUCGUGCGCAGUCCAGACCUCUCGAGCGCUGCGGUAAAGGACCUUGGUGCCAUUGCGACACUGGCGCCAAAGAGCGUCGUCAUCAGCUACGAGAUCCGCAAGCGCCAAGACUUUGAGAUAGUGGCUGGCAUUGCGUCGCGUCUCACGACGUUGCAGAUCGGCUUCGUAGCUGAUACGACUGACUCGGCGUUCAGCUACGCUCCUUACUCUGGUUCCUGGACGUUCUACCGCACGGCACUUGCGUCUUGUCAGCGUCUCGAGACGCUCGAGCUGACCGACUCUACUGGCGGCAUGAGUGCUCUCAACGGUGACUUCCUGGACCUGCCGUGUCUCACGUCGCUCACUUUGGCCAUCAGGGGCUCCCGCGAACCUCUUGUGUCGGUCGACGUUUUGACGCGCCUUGCUACGUGGGUGAGCACCAAGCCCGUCAAGCACCUUGCGUUGAAACGCGAAGUGUUUGGAUUGAGCCCCGACGAGCCAAGUAUUCUCGCACUCUGCGACGCCAUUGCCUCCAGCACGUCGCUCACAUCGCUUCGACUCCAUGGCGUGCCUCCUUUUAAUCGCCACUUUCUCUAUGGACGACGUCUCCCCGUCCACCUCAAGUCCCUCCAGUGGGACCCCUUUCAUGACUACGUGCGGAGCAGUGCGCAAGGCUGGCGCAACUUUGCAUCGGCCAUUCGCCACGGUCCACAGCUAGACCACCUCUACUGCAAGCAUUUUGACAACUUUAAGGGACAAGACGACGCUGUGCUGGCCAAGAUCCGAGGCCUCACGUCGUUCCGACAUGCAAAUUUUGGUGCUGAUGGGGAUCGAGCAACGUCGUUCCGCCUCCUCACGCUGCUCGGCGGCAUGGUCCACUUGAAGCACCUUAGUCUCGUCGCAGUAAGCGUCGACGACGAUAUCCUACGCCGGGUCCUCUCGAUUGUGGGCAGUCUGCGCUCUCUUGAGACGCUUGAGCUCAAUGUGGCAGGUGUGGCUCCGGACGAAUACCGCCAAUUGCUGAUGCUCAUAUUGCUCAGCCCUCAAUUGCACGAGGUGAACCUCUCGAUGCUUGAGAUGCCGACGGACGUUGUGAUGGCGACCUUGCCGCUCUUGAAUGUUGCGACCGAAGGCCUCUCGACCAUGUACUGGGCAUGCGUGUUUUGCGACAGCGGGCUGCCAAAUUUCAUGCAGGCCGUCAAGGAGUUCGCAACCGAAGCUUUGCGUUCAUGCCGCAUCCGUCGAGAUCAGCAAAAGAAAUCCGACGCUGUGCCAAACUGA